AAUCACGGUACUUGCUCCCCGAACAAGAAGCAUCGAGCUAAGCCUAUCUUGGGCUCUGAUAUAUACAUGGUCCACGUAUCACUGCAAUCUCGGCCGAUCAGACGGAAUGCAUCGCUGCUGUGGUGAAGUCUGAGAAAUAUAAGAGUUUGCAUGUAUCAGGCUCAGCCACCGCCCGGCGAGUGUGGAAGAUCCCUUCUCCUGCUUUCUUGGUAGUUUGAGUACUUCAGAUUGCUAUAACCUGCUGCUUGGCGAUCAUCGACACUCUCGACCUUGUUACUUACAGCUCACGGUCACCAUGAUGUUGUUGCGGUACCAUAACGUGUUUCUACCGGUCCUGAUGGCCACGACGGUGGCUGCCAGUGCCAUAUAUCCCGCUCAGGCUGUCGGCCGCGCUCCUGCCAUCACAGACGCUCCUGUACCUAGCUUUAUACCUCGCCAUCUACAAGUCCGGCAGGUCAUGACAACGAAUACGAAUGAUCCGGAAUCGAGACCGGAUUUUGUGGGAUGGUACCAGACAGAGACUGAUCAAGCACAGUAUUGCGAUGCAGACCAAACAUGGACAUCGAGUGGGAAUUAUGGUCAUUGUUGCGCAACAACAUCGUCGAGUUGCGCACCGAGACUACUAUGCCAGUCACAAACGCUCAUGCUUGAUGCUGCCGGAGUAACAUGGACCUGCCCGUCUAGCCUCCAGUGCGGAACUGUGACAGUGUUUGAUCAGUGGCCAAAGUCGAACGCGAAAUCUAACGUGGUCUGCGCCAACGAGAAUUGGUCUGCAUGGACCAUGUACCGCCACAUCUCCACGACAGACUCCUCAUCAGCACCCAACACAAUCGGGGCAGGCACCCUUUCCGAGGGUCAAGCAGCGCCCCUAUCUCAACCCUCCGGCACCGCUUUCCCGAACGACAACUCCGACACCACCACCUCUAGUGACAGCAAAGCGUGGAUCGCAGGCGCUGUCAUUGGGCCUAUCUUCGGUCUCGCGCUCAUCGGGGGCAUUGCGUUCUUGCUGUGGCGGCGCAAGAGGAACGCCUCCUCGCCCAUCGAGUCACCGAAAACCUACGCACAGCCGGACGUGGGCAAUAUCGUCACGCACGAACACCACACAGAUUACAAGCCCGAGAAACCGUAUGCGGGAUACUACGGACAGGCAGGAUAUCAGGGUAUGUCGGAGGCAGAUUCGACUCCGGUGCAGCAGUCUCCGGUGCCGCAGGAGCUGCCGACUGAUGGCCAUGGGUCACGGUAGUAGUAUGGCAUCCUGGAGACGAGGAAGUGCAACAUAAUGAUUACUAUUGUGCUCUGGAUCGAGAGACCUCGGAUGCAUGACAGUGGCGCAUGGGAUGUCGAAUAUCUUUAUUCCAUUGCAUACAACGAGUAAGUGAGCGAUUGGGGAACGAGAGACUAUGUCGAUGUAGCUUUUUGAGAUAUCUUGCUGCUAUAUGUUCAGUCAAUAGCGUGUGUAUCGGCGUUAUCCAUGAAUAUACGUGUUUUGAUG